AUGCGACCAUUGCUUGCCACGCGGGACGCUGGUACUAAUCUGCUCGUGAAUGAUCUACUUUGCCUCGAUCGAGCAAUCAGAACUAUCACGUACGCAGCAGGCAACUACACUGGCGGAACAGCAGCUUACGAGCCUAUCCGAGAGUCAUUUGCAGAGGUGAAUCGCACCAACAGAAUCGCCUACUACGAUGCUAUGAACAUAAAGCCCCAGAGUAUUGCAGAUAGCAAUCGCAUUUUCGCCGUCGUGAGCAACCCGAUCGCUCCCGAUAUCACGGAGGCUGUCAAUGGCCUGCUUGGCAAGAAAGCUUUGAUCGAUGCUGCUGGUCUUUCGAAAGAGACGGCCGACGGUCUGAAUCUGAUUUCGUACGACCAUGACACUUUGAGCCUCGUGGCUGUGGCGCCCAAGCUGAACGUGGCCACCAUUCCUGCCGCCUCGGUGGUGUGCCUUUAG